UGUUGGUCGUCCAGACUAGCAAACGGCAAAGAUUUAGUUUUCUGUCGCUGGUCGACGAAACUUGAGGUGAGGUAACAGUUCUUUGAAAAACAAACAAAACAACAACAAAAAAAUCAGUUUCAUCGCGCUCCAGAAAUAACAAAUAUCUUCACCACUUUUCGGACAUGUUUCUUGUGCCAUACAUCUGGACUGCCUUGAUCUUACCAUGUGCCUGGGCACAAAACAACAUGCCAAGUGUGGUUGUGGAGGCAAGGAACAUUACUGUUCCAGCCGGGUCUGAUGUUCUUCUGCCGUGUCAUAACCAGCGGAUGGUUUGGAGACAGGAUCGCCUGCGGGACCGUCAGCGUGUCGUGCACUGGGACCUGAUCCGGAACCAACCCGAUUACACUGUGGAGCGCAUUUUAGAUAUGUCCUCAGAGGGUAGAGAGCGCUUGUACAACGACUACAACAGGGGCCGAAUUACUAUUUCAAAAGACGCCUUCAGCGAUGGAAAUUUUUCACUAGUUAUUAAUAAUGUGGACGUGAAUGAUAAAGGUAUCUAUACCUGCAACCUACACCACCACUAUUGCAAGGUCCACCAGUCCAUUCAAAUCCAGCUCAACGUCACUAAAUCACCUCGAAAGGAAAAACGUGUCUGGGAUGGUGAAAAAUCCGUGUUUGUGGUUCUGGUGGGGAAGAGUGUGGUGCUUCCCUGUGUGAACCGCAGACAAUUGUGGACAGACAGUCAGAGGGACGAGGGCCAGCAGCAGGUGGUCCACUGGGACUGGCAGGCACCUGGGGUCACCCGUGACCGAGCAGACCGCCUCAUUGAUAUGUACGCUUCUGGAGAGAACCGGCAAUACGGGCCGCUCUUCCUCCGGAAUAAGAUGAACAUCUCAACCGAUGCCUUCUCCAUGGGGGAUUUCUCCCUGAGCGUCCACAACAUUCAGCCCUCUGAUAAAGGCCUGUAUUCCUGCCACCUUCACCAUCACUACUGUGGCCUACAUGAAAGACGAAUCUUUAGGGUGAUCGUCGGGCCUUCUGUCCAGACUUCGCCUCCAGCACGUGCCUCUACUGAUGCACCAAAAACUCAUUCUUCUUAUCCUGUCCCACCUGCUAAUGACCCAAAUACAAACAUGGUCGAAGCGCCUCACGUCCUCAAUGUAAUUCUGCCUGAGAAUCAAACUCACCUCUUGCACCAAGUGGGCUACAUCCUGGCAGUCUUCCUGCUGCUUCUGUUAAUGCUCAUCGGCAUCGUUAUGACCACGAGGCACUGCAGAAAAAAAAGGCCUGAGUUUGAGGUUCGAUGGUCUGAACGGGGUCGGAGGACAUCCAUUGAGCUCGAUGCCACAGAACUGCAACCCUACAAUCAGGAGGACUUGCGACUGGACUACAAGAACAACAUAAUAAAAGAAAGGGCAGCGGCAAACAACUAUCCCUCUCCAAAAGUUAUUGAUCUGAACAGAGAAAUGGAGAGAAUGUCAUGGAAGUGAUUCAUAGUUAGCUGCUGGCUGGUCCAGAGCGUGCUGAAUGAGAAGAGAAUCAAGGACUUUACAUUUACAUUGAGAAAAGGAAUGGAAUUACUGUCUUUCUACAGUAUAAUUACUGCUUACAUGAUCUUAUAAUACUCAAAUUCUGUUGGUAUUGGUAAGUCAAUUUAAUUGAUAUAUUUUUCUUAUCAUAAUCGCAGUGUACCGUAAUGGUAAUCUAUUGAAUUCAAGUUAAACAUAUGUAAAAUGUGGUAGAGCAGUUUGCUGAAUUCAGCAUUUGGUACUCUUCUAUGUUAGAUUUCUAAAUUUAAAAAGUUCUAAGUUAAUUUGCUCAAAAUCUGUGUGGUAGAAACCACUGUAAGUGUCUGAAUCUGAAUGGAAAUUUCUUAUAAAACUCAGGAAGCAAACAAAUAGCUGUGGCUUCAGGUUAAAAUAGUAAAAGAUGGUACGAAGGUGAACCUCAAAGGCAAUUAAAUGUGCUUGUUAUUCUGAUGUAUGUGUAUCUACAGUAUAUGUUAUUUUGAGCCCUGUUGACCCGGACUUCUUUGGUCCAUUGUCUUUUUACAGUCUUUGUUUUACAGCAUUAUGUAGAUGGUACAGUUGUAGUUUAUUUUCUUUUGCAAUAUGAGCAAGUCCCAUUUAUCUUUUUCCAUCAUCAGUUUUUCAGCAAUUUCCUUGGUCAGUGAUGUUUAUUUACAUAGGUUAUGAAGCAUUUAUGCAGUAGUUUUUAUAUGAUCUGGAGUGUACAUUUAUCUUUAAAAUGGCAAUAAAUGAUCUUGUUGGUAUACAAUGGGACCAAUGUACAAAUAUAUUAAAGUUUAUUCUGAAAUA